AGGAUGCGGGCGACUUUUAGCCACGUGGGAGCGGCGGCGAUAGUGGAGAGGCUGGGAACUUUCUCCGGCGCCUGCUUCCUACCCUUAGGGAUCGCCUGCCCUGAUCCUUGCCAUGGCGCAGCUUCAGGCCCGCUUCUUCACCGAGGAUACUCAAUACACAGUUGAAGAUGUUCCUUUCUCUAUCCCAGCUGCUUCUGAAGUGGCAGACCUUAGUAAUGUUAUCAACAAAUUGCUGGAAACUAAAAAUGAGGGCCACAAAUAUGUGGAAUUCGACUUCCUGGUCAAGGGACAGUUCUUGCGUAUGCCUCUGGUCAAACACAUGGAAAUGGAAAAUAUUUCAACAGAAGAUGUAGUAGAAAUAGAGUAUGUAGAGAAGUAUACAGCACCUCAGCCUGAAGAAUGCAUGCUACACGAUGACUGGAUCAGUUCUGUUGAGGCUGCCGAAGAAUGGAUCUUGACAGGCUCUUACGAUAAUGUAUCUCGAAUCUGGUCAGUGGAGGGAAAACCCAUCAUGACGCUUGCUGGGCAUGUUGAUGCAGUGAAGGAUGUGGCCUGGGUGAAAAAAGACAGUUUGUCGUGCCUGUUGCUGAGUGCUUCUAUGGACCAAACUGUCCUGCUGUGGGAAUGGAAUGUUGAAAAGAACAAAGUGAAGGCCCUUCACUGCUGUAAAGGACACGCUGGAAGCGUCGAAUCCAUCGCCGUGGAUGGCACAAGAACUAAAUUUUGCAGUGGAUCCUGGGACAAGAUGCUGAAAAUCUGGUCUGCAGUGCCUGCAGAUGAAGAGGAUGACAUCAAAAUGGAGGAAGCAGGAAACAGACCAAGGAAGAAGCAGAAAACAGAACAGCUGGGUCUAACAAGAACUCCUAUCGCAACUUUUUCUGGCCAUACAGAAUCGGUCUCUUCUGUACUUUGGUCAGAUACAGAUGAAAUAUGCAGUGCUUCAUGGGACCACACAAUUAAGAUAUGGGAUGUUGAAACAGGAGGCCUUAAAUCAACUUUGACUGGAAACAAAGUGUUUAACUCUAUCUCCUAUUCACCACUGUGUCGGCGUUUAGCCUCUGGAAGCACUGACAGGCACAUUAGGUUAUGGGAUCCGAGGACCAAAGAUGGUUCCUUGGUAUCACUUUCUCUUACCUCACAUACGGGCUGGGUGACAUCAGUGAAGUGGUCACCUUCACAUGAGCAACAGCUUAUCUCGGGUUCUUUAGACAACCUUGUCAAACUCUGGGACACGAGGAGUUGCAAGGCUCCAUUGUAUGACUUGGCUGCUCAUGAAGACAAGGUUUUUUGUGUAGAAUGGACAGAAGCUGGGUUACUGUUGAGUGGUGGAGCUGACAACAAGCUGUACUCCUAUAGAUACCAAACAACCACCUCGGAUGUUAGCGCAUGAAAAUGCAUGAGAAGACAACUGGAGAGAGAAUCCUUCUUUUACUACAAAUUCUAUCCACCUCUCAUACCACACCUCUCAUACCAUACCACGUAGAAAAAUUUUGUUUCAUAGGUUUACAAGUCUAGGUUGGAUGUAGAACUCAUACGAAUUGAACAUUGUCCUUGGGAUGCUAUUGCCGGAGGAAGGAGGGGGAUUAUAUUUAUUGAUUUUCUCCCACCACCAAAGCUGGUCUGGGUUGUUGUUUGGCCUCCUGAAACAUUGUAGGAGGUAGUUUGGGGAUUCCAUAGAAAUACACAAAAUUGCCCAUUCCUGUGCCUCUCUCUCCUCAUACUCUUCUUCCAGCAGGAGACUUUUCCAAGUCUCAGUCCCUUUUGUUCAGGAAAGGGAUGCUCUGGAUUUAAUUCCGUAUGUGUAUGUAUGGCUUAAAGUAAGAUUGAUUUCCUAUUCUUUAUUUCGGGCAUGGGGUUAGGGUGCUUGUAUUUAAAAGUCCCUUCACUGGCCAUAUGAAGGAAGUUUGAGUUAGCCAUUUCAAUAUAUUCUUGCUUUAUUAUAAUAAGUUAGAUUUAUGUAAAUGUCUAAUAAAAUACCUUUAUUUUGUGCUAUGUUUGUUUUUGAGUGAAUGAUGAUCUUGAGCUUCCCAAUUUCCAUUGAUUUACCAAUGAAAAUCUGUAGAAGCUGUGGCAGAUGGAAAGUGCCUAGUUAUGGGUCUAGUAAAAUAUUAAGAAGUGUUUUUUUCUCACAUGGUUUUAAUGCAAUUUGACAUCCUUUCUAUUUUUAAAAAAUAUUUUAAUAACAGAAAAGUUCAGAA